AAUAUUUUCUUUAAUUGCAUUUUGAUAAAUUUAUAUCAACCCUUAAUGAAUUAUUUAUGUUUACAGAGCUUCUGAAGAGGAAAAAGCAUGCAGUGGACGUGAUUUUGAAUCCUGAUACAGCAAAUCCCAGUCUCAUCCUGUGUGAUAAUGGAAAACAAGUAAGACAUGGAGACACAUAUCAGAAUCUUCCUGACAAUCCAGAGAGAUUUAAUACAUGUGUCUGUGUGCUGGGAAAGGAGGUAUUCUCCUCAGGGAGAUUUUACUAUGAGGUGCAGGUCAGCGGAAAGACUGACUGGGAUUUAGGAGUGGUCAGAGAGUCCAUUAACAGGAAGGGGAUUAAUACACUGAGCCCACAGAAUGGAUUCUGGACUGUGAUUCUGAGGAAUGAAAAUGAGUAUAAGGCUUGUGCUGAUCCUCCAGUCCUCCUCUCUCUGAGAGAGAAGCUCCAGAAGGUGGGGGUGUUUGUGGAUUAUGAGGAGGGUCUGGUCUCCUUUUAUGAUGUGGUGGCCAGGUCUCAUAUCUACUCUUUCACUGGUCAGUCUUUCACUGAGAAACUCUAUCCAUACUUCUGCCCUUUUCUUAACAAUGGAGGUAAAAACUCAGCUCCACUGAUCAUCACACCUGUCACUCAUGAUGAUUAAGUAUCUGCUAUCAAAUGUUUAUAAAUAAACUACAGGAGUAAAUGCAAUGUCCUGUUCUUGUUAUAUUUGUUUUUGUUCUUUUUACCUGUAAUAAUCAGAAAAUAAAUAAAAGACUAUUUGUCUAAAAUAUUUGUAAUAAAGUAAUUGUCCCGCAUAUAAACACAUUAUUAUUAUUAUUAUUUUU